UGCAACAACGAAAAGAAAAAAAUAGCUCACAAUACUCCCAAUAAUAGAAUUGGGACGUGUGUGAUAAACAAAAACAACCAAGAAAAGCAAUAUUUUUAUUAAUACAAAAUCAUAAUGGAACGCAACAAUGGACGUUAUCCCUAUAUUCGCCGCCAAGGCAGCGGCAACGGACCACACAAUCAUCAUCACCAUAAUAACGCAAACUCAUCGACAACGUCGUCGUCAUCUACGCCAUCUCCGGCAUCCCUGACAAACACAUCGCCGCACAGCACACAAUACUCCAAUAAUAGCAUUAAUAAUGCGGCAACAAACACUAAUGUGCUGUAUGCAGCGGUGUCGCAACAACAACAACAACAGCCGCCGGCUGUGCCCAUAUCGCAGCACGACGAAUUAAUACGUUACAUUCGCGAGGCUUGGAAUAAAGUUAGCGAGCAGGGCACGCCCGUUAUAUAUUGCAACGAAUCUGAUAAUCAAUUAAAAAAUUUUAAGCCAUUCAAUCUGGAGGAGUAUUGGGGUCAGCGCCUGGUACAGAAUAUACAUGUAACCACAACACAUCAGUAGGGAGGAAUGCACAAAUCAACACAAUCUAUAAAACAGAGACAAUGGCGCAUAAUAACGUUAGCAUAUAAACUAAGUACAUAUGUAAAAUGCUUUAUAAACCACACAUAUGUUUUGAAAACAAUUUACCAGCAAAUGGCAUAUUUUGUAAACGGAUUGCUGUUUCCACAUUUACUUCGUUGCUUUUGUAUUUAUUCGCGAUCGUUUCAUGUGAAAGUAUAUGCAAUACUUUGUAUCUUUCACUAUUAUCAAAUGCAUUGCAAACACUGCCAGCUGUGAGGCAAAAAAUAUAUAUUAAUCAUUUCAUUAAUUUGAUUUCAAACGGCAUCCCACAAACAAUUGUUAAUUGUCUGCGUAUUACUGACCAUUUCGAAAUUGUUUUGAAACAGAUUGUUAAGAAUGCGAGCAACUUUGAAUUCCAUACAAAU